UCGUAAUGUGAAGUUGUGAACCGCCCCACCCAAAUUUCCCCCAAAUCGACGACGACGACGCCCCCAAUUGCUCGUCGGCACAAGCAACAACCGCCGCCGCGCCAAGCUAACCCUAGCCCACGAGAUGCCCGCGCCCGCGCCCGCGGCGCCGUGGCCCGUGUCGCAGGAGAUCUCGUCCCUGGCCGACCGCCUCCUCGCCCACGCCGGCGGCGACGGCGACGGCGCCGCGGGGAUGCGGGACCUCGCGGGCGCGCUCCUCCGGAUCCAGCCCGUCGCGCGCGGGGUCGAGCGGCGCGGGGACGCGGGGCAGCGCGACCUCGCGGACUGGCUCCUCCAGCUCAAGGGCGCCGUCGCCGAGGCCGACGACCUCCUCGACGAGCUCCUCCUCCGCCGCCGCCACGGGAGCCGGCUCAGCCCUUCGUUAGCGUCCUGCUUAGCUCGCGGCAAGCCGCCCUCCCGGGAGCUCAAGCGACUGGUGGGCAGGAUCGACCGCAUCCACGACGUCUCCGAGCGUCUCGUUGACGCCGCGGCGGAAGAAGAAGCCGGCGAGGCGGGUCGCGGCGUGAGGUCGCCGAACCGCGUGACCGGCUCCGUGCUCACGGAGAGGAAGGUGUUUGGGCGUGAGAAAGAGUGUGGCGAGGUAAUCAGCAGGCUGGUGGAUUGUCCGGAGAAUGCAUGCUCUUCUGCUCUUCCGGUUGUUGCAAUCGUCGGACAUGGUGGAAUGGGGAAGACAACCGUUGCGCAGUUCGUUUACAACGAUGAGAGGAUUGAACAGAAAUUUGAUAUCAAAGCCUGGGUCUGUGUCUGGGAUAGAUCUGAUGCCGCAGAGCUAACAAGGGAGAUAUUGCAGUCCAUUGGUGGUCCGGAUGAUACGCUGUACGGUGAUAAUUCUGCCAAAUUGGAUAUUCUGCAGGCAAAACUUGAAGUAUUGGUCAGGUCAAAGAGGUUUCUACUAGUUCUUGAUGAUGUUUGGAAUGAUGAGGCUAAGAUGGAGCUGGAGAAUAAGGAUCUGUGGAGAAAGGUGCUGGCACCUCUUAGGUCUGCCGGGAGAGGCAGCAAGAUCUUGGUGACCACUCGAAUGAAACUAGUAGCGCGGUAUCUCAAUUCGACUCAUGUUGUCUCCCUUGAUGUGUUGGGAAGCAGCGACUGCUGGUUGUUGUUAAAGGAGGCUGCUCUGGGUGGAGAAAGCAAGGAUAUUCCUCCUGAUUUGCAAGAGAUUGGAAGAACCAUUGCUGCAAAGGCAAAGGGCUCCCCUUUAGUUUCCAAGGCUCUUGGACAGAUGCUAAGAAACACCAGGAGUACAUGGAGGUGGAGAGCACUUCUGGAUGCAGAAAUUAGUCAUAACAUCAUUAUAUCGUCUCUCCAACACAGUUAUCAGCACUUACCUGGACACCUUCAGCGAUGCUUUGCAUACUGCAGCAUAUUUCCAAGGGGCUGUAGGUUUCAACGAGAUAAAUUGGUGAAGAUGUGGGUGGCUCUGGGUUUUAUUCAAACAUCAAGGAAGGAAAGAAAAGGGGAGUAUGAUUUAGCACAAGAAUACUUUUAUGAUCUGCUUUCACGGUCAUUCUUCUGUGCUGCCAGCAAAGACAACCAAACAUUUUAUUUCCUAGAUAACCUCAUGCACGAUUUGGCACAGCACGCUUCUGUUCACGAUUGCAUGAAAAUUGAUGAAGGCAUGCCUAGUGUGAUUCCACCAACAGUGCGCCACUUGUCUGUCUCAACUGAUUAUUUUCCACAGCUCAAGAGUAAGUGUAAGUUGGAAAGGCUACGGACAUUAUUAGUUCUUAGAAGCUCUUCGUUGUCAUUGAGUCAUCUUCCUAGUAAAUUUCUAUCUGAAUUUAAGAACUUGCGUGUUCUUGAUCUUAGUGAGUCAGAUAUUUUAGAAUUACCAGAAACCAUUAGCCAGUUGUUUCAUCUUCAUUACCUAGCUUUAUGCCACAUGACUAGCAAACUUCCCAAAUGUAUAUACAAGCUUGUACAGAGUGGUGUCCUGGAUAUGCCUAUACUGCUAUUUCCUGAUAGUCAUCCUAGAGGUAUGAGCAAAUUUGUCACACAGAAAACAUCUUGAAACUUGUUGCAACACCAACAAGGGGUAGUCAGACUGUAUCAAGGCCUAAUUUUGCUUCCAAUAAAAGCAGAUUAUUCCUAAAGAAUAUCAACAAGGGGGUGUGGUUGGUCUAUGAAGGCUGUGCAUAAUGAAGGGAGUUGCCAUUUCGUAGGUACAAGAGAUCUGGUGGACUCAAAUCUGUCAGAGACUUUCAGUGUGUGUGCACUAAUUUGUUGUCUGAUCAACGGAACAACUAACCAUGAGAUAGUAUUCUAAUUUGGUGGAUCAAGUCUUUCCAGAAUGUGAUAAAGCAAGGAUCUGGUUGCACACAUCCUUCAAAAGGUUGAAGUAUUUCCUGUUGGUGUUUUGUACCAAUGUUCUCCAGGUCAAUUGGCAGUAUUUCAAGCCUUGUAUCACUGGAGUAGCUACCCACUUUGCUUAUAUUUGGUAUUCUGACAAGAUCUGUACAGUCUUCUCUUUCUAUUUUCAUUUUCACAUUUUGUAAGCUGUUGUACUUUUUAUUUCACUCGGGUUGUCCACUACUGAUCUUUUUCUUUCAAGGAAAGAAGAAAAAGAAUGAUGAUUUGAGACUACAUUUUUGUUGCAUGUUGCUGUAAUGGAUUGUGCACUCCAUUUUA